UUAUUCAAUCAUCAUCCUUCGCACACCCACAAAAAAAAAAAAAAAUUUACCGAUCGAAGAGGAAAGAGAAGAAAAAAAGAGAAAAGAAAAAUUCGUCCUUUCUUUCAUUUUUAGGGCUCGAAAUUCAGAUUCGAUCGUGUCGCAGCUGGGUUUUCCUUUCUCCCUCUCUCUCUCUCUCUCUCUCUCGAUCUUCACGUCUUCCUCUCGCUCGCUCUCGCUCUUGCUCGCGCGUCCAAUCCCUUGAGAAGUUUCCAUUAAUUCACGAGCUGCUGAUUCUUCUGUUCCCCCUCUCGCAUUCUCGCGGAUUCUUCUUCUUCCCCGCAGCGGACGAGGCCCACGCCCUCCCCCACUCUUGCUCGUGAUUUUGCGGCGGGUGAAGAGAAGGUGAUAUGAGGCACCAACUUUUGCUGAGUUGAGCGUGCUAACCGAGAAUAUAUUGCCGAUUGGAGAUCAAUUUGGGUCCAGUCAUGGACACCGCGAGAGAGUCCGGCGGAAUCGCGGGGGUGAUUCUGAUUCCAAUGCGGUUCGUGUGGCCUUCUGGCGGUACGAGUGUGUUUCUGUGCGGUUCCUUUAGCAGAUGGUCUGAGUUUGUUCCAAUGAGUCCAGUUGAGGGUUGUACCACAGUGUUUCAGGCUAUUUGCAACAUACCUCCCGGAUACCACCAGUAUAAAUUUUUAGUUGAUGGAGAAUGGAGACAUGAUGAACACCAACCUUAUGCAACUAGUGAUUAUGGGUUAGUGAACACUAUCUUCUUGACGGCGGAGGCUAAUUAUAUUCCGGGGACUCCCAGCCCAGAUAUCCCCCCGGUUUCGAACAUGGAGGUUGAUGACCAUGCACGGCGUUUGAAAACUCAGGUCCGCAUAACGGAUGGCGCAUUAAUUGAGGCUGUACCAAGGAUCUCAGACACUGACUUAGUGGUUUCUCGUCACCGUGUUUCUGCAUUCUUGACUAGCCACACUGCAUAUGAGUUACUUCCAGAGUCAGGCAAGGUAGUUGCCUUGGACAUUGAUUUACCCGUGAAGCAAGCAUUUCAUAUUCUAUACGAGCAGGGGAUCCCUACGGCUCCUCUCUGGGACUUCCGCCGGGGACAGUUUGUUGGAGUUUUAAGUGCGAUGGAUUUUAUUUUGAUUUUAAGAGAGCUUGGAAAUCAUGGAUCAAAUCUGACAGAGGAGGAGCUUGAAACACACACAAUAGCCGCAUGGAAAGAGGGGAAAGCAUACUUAAACAGACAAAUUGAUGGGCAUGGAAGAGCAUUUUCAAGGCCUCUUGUCCAUGCUGGGCCAUUUGAUAGCUUGAAAGAUGUCACUUUGAAAAUUUUGCAAAAUGACGUGGCAUCAGUUCCAGUUAUUCAUUCCUCUUCAGAAGAUGGUUCAUUUCCGCAGCUACUGCAUAUGGCUUCUCUCUCUGGGAUACUAAAAUGUCUUUGCCGUUAUUUCAGACAUUGUUCUAGUUCGUUGCCUGUGCUUCAGUUGCCAAUAUAUGCAAUUCCAAUCGGUACUUGGAUUCCAAAAAUUGGCGAAUCUAAUGGACGGCCUUUAGCCAUGUUGAGACCUAGUGAUUCGCUUAGUUCAGCCCUCAAUUUGUUAAUUCAAGCGCAAGUUAGUUCAGUUCCCAUAGUGGAUGACAAUGACUCUUUGUUGGACAUUUACUCCCGGAGUGAUAUCACUGCUUUGGCAAAGGACAAAGCUUAUACCCACAUUAAUCUCAACGAAAUGACCAUACAUCAGGCAGUGCAGUUGGGACAAGAUUCCUAUACUCCUUAUGAUCUCAGAAGCCAAAGAUGUCAAAUGUGUCUGCCCUCUGAUUCACUGCACAAAGUGAUGGAGCGAUUGGCAAACCCAGGUAUUAGACGACUUGUCAUUGUUGAGGCUGGCAGCAAGUGCGUGGAAGGUAUUGUUACACUUGGUGAUGUUUUCAAGUUUUUACUUGGUUAGUUAAAAGGCAACAAGCGGAAUUAUCCGGAAAAAGGAUUUGUUCCAACCAUCCAGAAUUCACAAUGUCUAGACUCCAAUGGCCGGCCAUUCUUCACGAUGAGACUUACCACGGCUGACUCGAUCAAACUACUCUUAUUCAAUCCUUGAAAUUGGAUCAGCCUCUUGCUAGCUGGCUUUUUCAAAAUUAUUUUAGGCUUGAGAUGAUGGCCUUCAGAAAUUGGAGAAUUCAUCUCUCUCUCUCUCUCUCUCUCUCUCUCUAGAUUUGUGGUAAUUCCACCCUCCCAUGGUGUUUCCUGUCUCCAAAGUGCUGAUUAUUUAUGGGGUUGUAUAUGUUUUGGGAGCAUUGGGGCAUGUAAUAGUCGGGAAAGAGAAGGAAAAAAGAACGAAAAGCAAAUCAUAUGGAGAGGGACAUUGAAUUAUUAGUCAUUGUGUAUUUGUGCAUAUUUUUUAUGUCAGUGGGUUCCAGGUUUGUGAAUAUUUUUGUCGCAGUUGAAUAUGCCAAGGAAACUAUUCAACAAAUGAACUGAAGAUGCAUAUGCAUAUGUGAGUCGAUAUCCGCCUGCA